UGUUUUAGCCUCUUGGCUUUCAUCAAGGUCCAUCCUUUUUGUUCUUCUUUUGUUUUUAUGUCUGGUGGUGGGUUUUCUUGUCACCGGCGUUCUGCGUUGACGGCUUUGAAAGUUAAUUACUCUCUUUCUCUUCUUGGCUUUUGUGGGUGUUUCUUCGAUUUUGUCUUGCGGCUUUUGCGAAUGCGGGUAUUUGGUUUGUGUUCUGGGUCUGUUAGCCAUUGGCAAGAAAAAGGUGGUAGGUUGAUGGGGUUGACUUUGACCCAAGCAAAGAGAUUUGGAGUUCUGACGAGGAGGAAUUUCAGUGCCUGAAUUUUGUUCUCAAUUUCUGCAAUUCCAUUUUAGAUUCCGGGCUGUGUGUUAUUGUUAUAGCUACUCUGUUUCUUCUAUGUGACGACAAGGUUAUUAUCAUAGGAAGAUUGUGAGUUAACCAUCUUGCUUUGAUGACUUACUAAGAAGAUUGGAACUAACCAUGGUAAGCUUGAGAAGGCGCAGACUUUUGGGGCUAUGCUCAGGGAACAGUUCCUUUGUUACUCCACUUCCGCUAUAUUGUGAGAACCUCCCUGCUUCUCAAGAUUCAGCUCAGCAUGCUAAACCUAAGAUUGCCCAAUCUGACAAUGGAAUUGAAAGCAUCCUACAUGGUGUAGGAACUCAAUUGCUAAAACAGAAUCCCAUACUGAAAGAAGAACCAGCUUCCUCAAAUGUAUCUGGUUCUAGCUCGUCAAAGGAGCAGUCCAGUCAACAGUUUGUUGGGCCUCCUAUCAAACGCAGAAAGCCACAUAGGAGAAAGCAUAUGCAUAGUCAAGAAUCCUGUGUAAUGAGAGGUGUCUAUUUUAAAAAUAUGAAGUGGCAGGCAGCAAUCAAAGUGGACAAGAAACAGAUCCAUCUCGGAACUGUUAAUUCUCAAGAAGAGGCUGCUCGCCUAUAUGACAGGGCUGCUUUCAUGUGUGGGAGGGAGCCCAAUUUUGAGCUUUCAGAAAAAGAGAAGCAAGAACUGAGUAAAUUGCAAUGGGAUGAAUUCUUGGCAUUCACUCGGCAAUCAAUUACCAGUAAAAAACACAAGAGAAGACUUGGCUCCAGACAGUGCAGUGAGUCAGAGCCACCUCAAUUGCACGACGGGGACGGUCAGCAAGGUGUUGAUGCCACGUCAGCUUCUGAAGAUGCAGAUCACGAAGCGUCAGACUCAUGAAACGUGAUAGUUCUAACUGUUCAGUUCUAGGUGAGAGCUCCAUUUUUAUUGUAAAGAAGGGCUGUAUCAUGCCAGACCUUGAUAUAUAUUUCAUUAUCUCAAGGUAAGUAGAUUAUUAUUCUUAUUAUUAUUAUAGCUUAACCCAAUAAAGAGUUUGAUUUCUCAUGAUGAUGAUAAAUCAUCCCCAGUCCAUUGAACUAAUUUAGAGCUAUUUGUUUCUUGCAUUUCUGCAAGUUAAGAAGCUUUCUCAGCUUGAAGUUUUGUCAAUGUACCAUACGGUACAUGAACAAUUGAACAUAUAGCUUUGAAGUAAAAUUUUCUCA